AUGCGCAAAUCCAAGGACAAGGCAUCUCGUGCUUUGAAGAAACUCUUCAGACCAUCAUCGAGCGGAUCUGGAAGCACACCGAGCAAUGUAGGACGUGCAAGUCUCCAGCCGGAGCCCGAUGAGCAGCCCGUUGUUCAGCGUGUUUCAGGAGAGCAUGAUACAAUCCCGACGACAGGCACCACCCUCGGCGGGAUCGAUAAAGUGGAUCUCGACCAAGCUGGAAGAGCGCUCUCGUCGCUCAAGACUCUCGGGAAACAUGUGGCCAAAGCGCUCCAGUCAAUCGAUCCGACCGCGAAACACGUGAAGAGUUCGUACGAGCUGUGGGAACCCCUGCUGGAGAAGGUCCAGGUCUUUGCGUCAUUGGUGGAGAAAAUAGGUGGUAUACAUCCGUACGCCAAGGUAGCGUCCACCGUCCUACUCUCAGUCGUCAAGCCUGUGAUCGCACAAGACAAGCGUGAUAAAGCUAUGGCCGAUCUUUUCGUCUCAAUGUAUGACCUCUACGACUUCGUAGUAGAAGCCGGUCGCCUCCCCGAGUUGGACAAAAAGCGCUUGAAGCUGCUCAAGAACAUGUCGAUGCAGACAGUGGAGUGCGCCUACUUCAUCUGGGAUAAGGCUCAAGUCGAGAACUUCUGGGUCCGAGCGGGCAAAAACGCGGUUUUUGGUCCGCAGAUAGACAGCAAAAUCGCCGAGUUCACCGAGGCCUUCAAGGACCUUCGCCGUUGCUUCACCGAACAUGGAGUGCUCGAGAUCGAGAUCAAGCUAGCAAUUCUCGAAGAUAUCCGUGUGACUGUCGAAUUGUCUGCUCUGGCUGAUGUCCCCGGUGCAGGGCUUGACGCAGAGAAAGCUUGCCUUGAAGGCACGCGUCAGCAGACGCUGAACGAGCUCAUAGAUUGGAUCAACGACCCUCAGGCUCCUGCGGUAUGCUUCCUCCUUGGGGGCGCCGGGACUGGCAAGUCCUCCAUCGCCCAUUCUAUCGGCAACAUCUUCAGUCCUUUUCAUCGUCUUGGCUUCUUCUGCUUCGAUCGUUCCUUUCACGAUCGUCAUCCAAAUCUCAUGUUCAGCACGAUCGCGCAUGAUCUGGCCGAGCAAAAUGCCGACUUUCGAUGUGCACUCGCUGAAGUGCUCAGAGAGCAACAACCAGAGCUCAAACGGUCGAUGAACAUAGCUUCCCAUUGGAACUCGCUGAUUCUCACCCCACUCAAGAGGUUUCCGCCAGCUGGCCCGGUACUCGUCGUCAUCGACGCGUUCGAUGAAUGUAGCUCCUCCCGCGAUCUGCUGCUGAAGCUGGUCACGGGGAGCUCUGGCAGCCUUCCUCCUAAUCUGCGCAUCCUCGUCACUUCCCGUCCUGAGCGCGAUGUCAGGGUCGCUAUGCGCUGCGCUCACAGCGACCAUUUGCGCUCAAUGGACCUCGACGAGAAGAAUGGAGAGGCGAGGUUGGACAUCGAGUACUACAUCCGUCACCAACUUACUUCUGAUGAGCCCCAUAUCGACGGAACGCUGGACGACAGAGACUUCCAAGAACUGGCUAACGAGUCGGAGGGCCUGUUCCAGUGGGCGGCAACGGUAUGCAGAGCUAUCAAUCACAAGCCGGCCGGUCGCACCCUGAAGGAGCGGUUCCGUCGUCGUCCGCGCGCUGCGCAAGGUAAAGAGUACCCCCUCGAUCCCCUCUACAAACAAGUGUUAGGGAACCUGUUCAAGUCCGAAGACGCGGAACUCAUGGAUCGCUUUCGUUCUGUUAUGGCCCAGAUCCUUUGCACCCCUUUCCCCAUUUCCACCCAAUUGACAGAUGAACUACGUCGCAUUGCAACUGGCGUUCAGGAGAGCAAGGUUACUCUCAUAGUGGCGGACAUGGGACCACUUCUCUCUGGUGUAUCCGCCCGGACAUCUCCCAUCCGUCCGCUUCACACAUCGUUUCGUGACUUCUUGACUGACGCGGCUCGAAGCGGGGAGUGGUUUGUCGACCUGGCACGGGGGCAUUCCAUCAUGGCGCUCGGUUGCCUCCGCAUCAUGAACUAUCGAUUGGCCUUCAACAUCUGCCGCUUGGAGACGUCCUACAUCCUGAACCGUGACAUUCCUGAUCUGGACUCCCGCCUUUCCACCUACGUUCCCCAAAGCCUGUUGUAUGCGGCAUGCAACUGGAAGGAUCACCUCGCCAGCACUCAUCCAUCGGACCUGCAACAAGAACUCAGCAUGUUUUUGCGAGAGAGGCUUCUGUUUUGGUUCGAAUUGCUCAGCCUCCUCAAGUGCGUCAAUCGCGCCGCACCUUCAUUGGAAGCAGCGCUCAAGUGGUAUGAUGACUCUGGGAGUGGGCCAUCGAAGGAGCUGUUGCGCGAUGCGAUUUCCUUCAUUCGCCGGUUUGCCGGUGUGAUAGCCCAGGCCGCUCCUCACGUCUACAUCUCAGCUCUGCCUUUCUCUCCGACGUCGUCAGAGGUCCAGAUGAAUUAUCUCCCAUCUUUCCCCUGUCUUCCGCUCGUCGGUCGCGUUCGUGACCGUUGGCCGCAGGCUCAUGCCAUCCUCUCAAGGCACACAGACUGGGUCCGUUCCGUGGCAUACUCCCCUGACGGUCGGCACAUUGUGUCAGGAUCGGAUGAUAAGACGCUGCGAGUAUGGGAUGCGGAGACGGGCGAAGCGACCUAUGCGCUCUCUUGCGGCGACUGGGUUCUGGGGGUUGCUUUCUCGCCGGAUGGCCGUCACAUCGCCGCAGUGCUCAAUGAUUGGACGGUGCGGAUAUGGGAUUCGACAACAGGAGUGGCUGUUUGUGAGCCUCUACGGGAUGAUGAGGGCGCAGUGCGGUGUAUCGCAUACUCUCCAGAUGGACGUCGCAUUGUAUCUGGCGAUAGUCGCGGUCGUAUUUGCAUCUGGUCCACGGAGACACACAGGAUGGUUAAUGAUCCUAUCCUUGUCCAUUCAUCCGACGUCAACUGCGUUGCCGUCUCUACGACUGGUCGGUACAUCGCGUCGGGUUCUGACGAUAAGACGGUGCGGGUUUGGGACGCCGGAGAGGGACACACUGUCGGGAAGCCCUACGAAGGCCAUACGUCGACUAUCUCUUCCGUCCUUUUCUCGCUAGAUGGCCUUUGCAUUGUCUCAGGAUCGGAGGACAAGACGAUCAGGAUCUGGGACUUUGAGACCCAACAGACGUUGAAGACAAUAUCCCACCGCCUCCUGAAUGCUGUAUCGUCUCUCUCGCUCUCUCCCGACGGCAGGCGCGUCGUCUCUGGAUCUGAGAAUGGUAGCGUCCUCAUAUGGGAUACGGAGACGGACAAGAUUGUCGGGGGGCCAUUUGUUGGGCACAGCAACCGGGUACGCGCUGGUAGCUUUUCACCUGACGGUCGCCAUGUCGUAUCCGGCUCGGAAGAUGCGACGAUACGGAUAUGGUCUACAGAGGAGAGCACAAGCGUAGAAUGUCCUGGCGAUGUCUCCUCCGGUUCAUCACAUGCUGCCCCCGCGAGCUUCGUGACCUCGCUCGCGUACUCGCCUGACGGACGCCGGAUUAUAUCGGGCUCUGAAGAUGGCACGAUCAACGUGUGGGAUGCGGACACUGGAAAAUCUAUCGGCAGGCAUCUGAAGGGCCAUUCCGAAGACAUAACUCGCGUCAGGUUCUCUCCGGAUGGCGGUCGCUUUGUUUCCGCAUCGUGGGAUGAGACCCUGCGUGUAUGGGACUCGACUACGCUCCAACCCCUCGGAGAGCCUCUACGUGGCCAUACGAACUGGGUACGGGACGCUGAUUACUCUCCAGAUGGUCGCCGCAUUGUCUCGUGUUCGGACGAUGGCACUAUUCGCGUUUGGGAUGCCGAGACAUACGACUGUCUCCUCGGGCCUUUGGUCGGGCAUGGAUAUUGGGUCAGAUCCGUCGCGUGGUCGCCGGAUUGCAAGCAUAUUGCAUCGGGCUGGGGCUAUGGGACAGUGCGGGUGUGGGACGCUGAGACGGGGCACGCUGUUGGCGAGCCAUUCAAGGGCCACGAAGGCUGGGUCUUGUCCGUCUCGUGGUCUAUGGACAGCCGGUGUGUACUGUCAUCCGGCCACGACGGCAAAAUCAGAUUAUGGGAUACAGAGAAAUGGGAAGAAGCUGGCGAGCCUUUACGUGGCCACACGGGCAACGUGUACAAUGCGAUGUAUUCUCCGGACUGCCGACGGAUUGUGUCCGGGGGCGAGGACGGGACGAUCCGGAUGUGGGAUGUACAGACACGAGAGCCUGUUGGGGAGAAUCUGUCCAAUUGGUUCGGAAAUGUUGAUUCCCUUGCGCUCUCCCCGGACGGUCGCCAUAUCAUAUCAAGUUCGAACGGGUCCACCCGAAUCGUUGUUUGGAACGCAAAUGCUUUCACAGGCAAGUGGCAUCUCCUUUCUCGCGUCUGA